AUGGGAGCACAGCAACCAUCUUGUCGAGAGCCCGAGCAGUGGGAGGGCAGUCACAAGACGGCAGGUGGUCAACAACGCACACCGGCAGUGCUGUCCGAGAGGGGCGGCACCAUCAUCGGCAUCCGCCACGCGACUAAAAGGGUUGGUAUGGAAGCCUUGAGUGUUCUUGAGUCGGCGAGACGAACCGUAGAACGUGGUGCAGCAGGCUUGGCCGACGCACGUACUGGGGGACUCCAGCCCCGAGCCUGUGCUCUGUACGGGGUGCAUGCAGGCAAGGCUGUUUCGAAACGCAGGCACACUCCUAGACUUUCCCGAGACGUGUUCUUGAGCCGGCGUGUAAGGACGCAAAGGGCACAGCCAAAGAACCAAAUGUGUCAGUGUGUCUGGUCACGCUCUCUUUCAUCCCUCGGCCUGAAAGGCGCCUGUCAUGGCUCUGCCCUACAGGGCCCCGAGCCUUGUCGACCUGGUGACAAGAAACAAAACACCAGGGUGGUUGACGGUGGUGUUAGUUGUGACCUGUGGUCGUCGAGCGAGGGCAUGAGGGACACCGUGUGUGGGCGGUAG